CCGCAGGUCUGCAACGAGAGGAGCCCGACGGCCCAGCUCCGCCUGGCCUCCCUCGAGCUGCCCGCGGAGGCGCCCAAGGGAUUGUCUGACCAGGCGGACGUCCAGGAGCCCCCCGCCGCCGCGAAGGGGAGCAGCUGUUGGUUCCUCUGCGGCGGCGCCCCCUGCGGCCUCGGCCGCGUGGAGGGCACUGGCCCCGCGCAACGCCCGCACGGGCCGGGAGACGAACUUCGGCCGCCGCGCGCGCGGGAGCCGCGGAGUCGCGGCCGGCCGGGGGGAAGCGGCCGCGGGCCAAAGAGCGCGCGAGCAGUGUUGCGAC